UUUAGGAGAAGGCACAGAAUUUAGAGACCACACCUGCCAAGAAUGAGGGCACCCUGAUAAACCCCAAUGUUCAGUGUUGGAAAUUGAGAGGGCUUACCAUCCUAGGAGAACAGUGAACUAGAAAUAGACUAGCAUUUCCAAUGACAGAAGACCAGUUUCACAACAUCUAAAUCUCUGGCAUUGGAUUAAGGUGACCCAGGAUUGCUAAUGCUCCAGUCACCAGCCAGAGCAAACGUAAGUCAUCUCUGAAGAAGGAGAACAUCUCUCAGAUUUCAACUUACUUUGAAAAUUUUUCCUACACAUCCUCACACCUAUUAUUUUUAUAGCCAAACUUAAGACCAAAAAAAAAAAGCUUUAUAACAAGAGAAAUUACAGAAAUAGACUUCCAGUGGAGCCAGAUAAUGAAGUCACAAGAUUCAAAGUUCAAAAUAAAUAUGCUUAAUGUGUUGAUGAAAAUAGAAGACAACAUGAGAAAUUUAGCAGAAAACUGAAACCAAUUUAAAAAGUGCAUGGAUCGUUUUAGAAUAGAAAUACACAAUACACGUACUGCUCAGCCUAAUGACUUUCAGACUGAAAUGUUCAGGAGAUAAAGGAAGAAAAUAGAAGGGAAGAACAGGAAGAAACUAAGUUUACAUUUUUCAUUAAAAACAAGAUAAGAGACACACCAUCAGCAGAGGAAAUGCACAGGCACUAGCUAAAAUCUGCUUCAGUGUUUUCACCACAAACCUCAAGGAAACAUGACCUCAAAGAAAACUCAGGAACUGUCCAUGAGAAAAUGGAUUAAAAUACUUGAGCACAGGUUCAGACCUUCCUCUUCCACUGCAAAUUCAUGGGAAUAACAGAAAAGAAAUGCAUUAAAACAAAAAAAACUAAUACAAUAAAGAUCCAGGCCUGGUGGCGGGGCGCCCUGGUGCGCAGGACGCUGCUGCACGCGGCGCUCAGAGCGUGUAUCAUUCAGUGGUGGUGGAAGCAGAAGCUGGCAGAGCUGCUGGAGAAGAGGCGGCGGGCUGCACUGCAGCAGGACAUGCGGCAAAACUGGGCAGUGGUCAAGCUACAGUCCUAUGUCCGCAUGUGGCGCAUCCGCCUCCGUUACUGCCGUUUGCUCAACGCUGUUCGCAUCAUCCAGGUCUACUGGCGCUGGUAUACAUGUCAAAACCGUGGCUUUUUCCAGGGCAGCUAUGAACUCACAGCAAGUCGGCUAGGACUUGAGCUUGAGAUCUCUCUGGGUUCAAAGAUCUGUCAGAUUACAGACUGCAUCCCCUUCCCAAUAAAGAACUGA